AUGCCCGUCCCUCUAUUCUCUGCCCAAUCUGUGACAGAGCUCAUCGCUCUGAGAGCUCAGACUCAGCCAGAUGACUCUGCUGUCCAUACUGGCGCCGCCGAAUUCGGCGAGCAGCUCAUGACCCUGACCUACACAGAUAUCGCCAAAGCUGUCGACCGUCUCGCAGCCCACUACACUGCCCUCAACAUCCAGCCCAGCGUCGCCGAAGAUGAACUGCCAGCGGAACGUAUCAUCGCUGUCCUCACUUCCACAGCUAUCGACGAGACCCUUCUUGAGAUUGCUCUAUCCAAGAUGGGUCUUGCUUCGCUUUUGCUGUCGGUUAACAAUUCAACGGCUGCUGUGGCUCAUCUUUGCAAGGCCACAAAGAGCGCGUUCUUGAUCUAUGGGCCGAAAUACGCCAAGACUGCCAAAGACGUACAAGAACUCCUGGAGGAGGAAGGCAUUGAGAUCAGGAUCAUUCCCGAAACCCGUUAUCCUCUCUGGGGACCCGACGGUGCUCGGGAGUCGAAGAUCAUGCCCUACCAGGCUCGCCUCACUCCGGAACAAGAGAGCAAGCGCACCUGCGUCGUCCUCCACUCUUCCGGCUCCACUGGCUUCCCGAAACCAGUGUUCAUUAGCCACUACGGCUUGGUCGCCAACGCUGCUCAAUCUAUUCCCAAGACUGGCUUCUCUGCCUUACCUCUCUUCCACGGCUUCGGGCAUUUCUCAGUAUUUAGGUGUAUCUAUCACGGCAAGACAUUCACCCUCAUGCCCCCAAACAUCCCUCUCACCUCAUCGAACAUCUGCCGUAUCAUUCGCGCCUCUCCCACACCUCCCGUGCAACAUUUUGCCGUGCCCUACGUACUCAAAUUGCUGGGCGAGACGGAGGAAGGAAUGAAGACGUUGGCAGAAUUUGAAGAUGUGAGCUUUGCGGGGGCUGCGGUGCCGGAUGAUCUUGGAGAUAGGUUGGUGAAAGCUGGGGUGAACUUGAUUUCAUUCUACGGUACUACCGAAACCGGCGCACUUAUGACAUCCCGCCGUUCCAACCCAGAAUCAGAUAAAGCUUGGAACUGGCUCCGCGCCUCCGGCCCCAUCGCCCAAUACCUCGAGCUCAUCCCCCAAGGGUCCGACACUUUCGAAGUCGUCGUCAAAGACGGUUGGCCCGCCAAGAUCAUGAGCAACCGUGACGACGGGGCUUAUUGUACCAAAGACUUGGUACUGAGGCAUCCGAAGGAGAAGACGUGGUUCAAGUACAUUGGGAGGUUGGAUGAUACGCUCACACAGACGUUGGGGGAGAAGACGAACCCGGUUCCCAUUGAACUUGCUAUUCGUGGUAACUCACCCUUGGUGCAAGAGUGUAUUGUGUUCGGGGACAGCAAGCCUCAAGUUGGGGCUCUUAUUCUCCCUUCCGAACAAGGUGCCGAGCUCAGCAAAGACAAGAAAGCGUAUAUCGACGCCGUAUGGCCCGUCAUUUCCGAUGCCAACGCCAAUGCGCCAACCCACUCUCGUAUCUUGCCAGAGAUGAUCGACGUUCUGCCUUAUGGGACCGAGAUCCCUGUUGCUACAAAGAUGUCCAUCCUCCGCCCAGCAUGCUACAAGAAGUUUGCACCUAUCAUCGACGCCAUAUACGACCGCUUUGAGCGUGGCACCGGCGAGCCCAAACUCCACCUGACCUCCAAAACCGAGCUCAUCAGCUUCCUCACAUCCACCAUCCUCACCGCCCUCGGCGAAAAGGGCUCUUCCUCUACUCUUACACCGUCUACCGACUUGUUUGAGUAUGGCGUGGAUUCCCUGCAGGCGACGAGGGCGAGGAAUGUGAUCACCAAGUCGCUUGACCUUGGAGAGGGGGCCAAGAUUGGGCAGAAUAUCGUUUACGAGUAUCCGAGUAUCGAGAGGCUCUCAGAGUAUCUGCUUGAAGUCCAGGAAGGUGGACAAGGGGAUGAUGGACCGGAGAAGGCACACAAGAUGAUGUGGGACAUGGUCGACCUUUACACGUCCCAGCUCAUCAAAGCACCUCUCUCCACCUCUCUUGCCGAGCCUCCUGUCACGCAGGGGCAAGUGGUAGCUCUCACAGGCGCCACUGGAUCCCUCGGUGCCCACCUCCUCGACCGACUCACUCGCUUGCCCUCCGUCUCCAAAGUCAUCUGCCUCUCCCGCGCCAAAUCCCACGCCGACUCGCUCCAACGUAUCCAUGGAUCCCUCACCCAACGUCUUCGCAUUCUCUCCCCUGAGGCUCUGGAUAAGAUUGUCUCUUAUGCUGCGGAUGUGAACAGGCCGGAUCUGGGCUUGACGGAAGAAGAGUAUGACGGGUUGAGGAAUGAGGUGACGGGGGUGAUACACAAUGCCUGGCCGGUCAACUUUGUGCUGUCUCUCCCCUCUUACGCGCCACACAUUGCCGGGGCAACUAACCUCAUCAACCUCACUCUCCGCUCUCCUCACCCCACGAAGCCCGCCUUCUUCUUCUCCUCAUCCGUUGGCACGAGGCAAGGCCAACAGGACGGCGUGGUCAAGGAAGACUUCGCAGCAGGGCCGGAGAGUGCAACGGGAAUGGGGUAUGGGAGGAGUAAGUGGGUGGUGGAGAAGAUCAUGGAGAGGGCUGGGAAAGAGACGGUGGCGAGGUGCGGGGUGUUGAGAAUUGGGCAGCUGGCUGGCGAUACCGAAAAUGGGGUAUGGAACGAGACGGAAGCUUGGCCUUUGAUGUUCAAGUCCAUCGACACCAUUCACGCUCUUCCCAUGCUCGAAGAGCAACCCUCAUGGCUCCCAGUAGACCAAGCAGCCUCCACAAUCACUCAAAUCGUCUUGUCUUCUAUCUCUACCUCCACACCAUCAUCCGCACAGGUGUACCACAUCCUUAAUGCCCACCUCGCCUCCUGGUCUUCCAUCCUUAAGGGCCUCGCUUCAGCCGGUCUCCAGUUCAAAACCGUAUCUCGGCAUGAAUGGCUUAACCUCCUGAGCUCAUCCAACCCCGACGUCACUGUCAAUCCGACUUACAAGCUCCUGGGAUUUUACCAGAAUAGGAUCGGGAAGGAGAGAGAGAAGGGACUGACGUUUGAGGUGGAGAAGACGGAGAAGGAAAGUGAGACGUUGAGGGAGGAGGUGAAGGCUGUCGAGGAAAAUUUGAUCGCGCUUUGGGCGAAUAGGUGGAGACAGUCUGGCUUUAUGAAUUGA